UCUAAGCCUGAUGCUAUACACAGUGUGGACUUUGCUCUCGAUGUUGCCAAGCGCACGUUGGAAUAUUACGAAGAUUUCUUCAAGGUUCCGUAUCCACUUCCUAAGUUAGAUCUCAUAGCAAUUCCAGAUAUGGGUGGUGCUAUGGAAAACUGGGGACUAGUUACAUUUCGUGAAUCUGCUGUACUGUUUGAUCCGAGCACCGGAAGCGUGGCUGAUAAGAAACUGGUUACCAUGAUUGUGAAUCAUGAACUUGCGCACCAGUGGUUUGGCAACUUAGUGACAAUGAAAUGGUGGAAUGACUUGUGGUUGAAUGAAGGAUUCGCUGUCUACAUGGAAUAUCUUGCCACUGAUAACUAUAACAAUCAAUGGAAAAGGGAAGACCAAUUCAUACUGGAUACGUCGAGAGAAGCUCUUGAUGUAGACAGCUCAAUGUAUACUCAUCCUGUGUCUGUUAAAGUUCACAAUCCAGCAGAAAUAAACGAAAUCGUGGAUAAAAUAACAUACCACAAGAGUUCAGCCCUCAUUAGAAUGAUGCAAAACUUCCUCGGAGUAGAAACUUUCAGAAGAGGAAUUCAGAUUUACCUAAAGGAUCACCAAUUUUCAAAUGCCAAGGCGUUGGAUCUUUGGAAAGCGAUGAGUUUGGCCACUGAAAAUCAUUUAGAUGUUGGAACAGUAAUGGCUCCAUGGGUGAGCCAAAAAGGAUUUCCUGUUAUAUCUAUAAUCAGCGACAACACUCAGAAAAAAGAUGGCCGCUUGUCGUACACAGCGAGUCAGAAAAGAUUCUUCCGAGAUUUUAAUUCGCAACAUUUAAAAGAUGGACAUACAGAAACACCUGGAUGGUUCAUUCCGCUGACAUAUAUUACCAGGGAUUCACAUGAUAGUAUCAAUACAGUUUGGAUGAACAAGACUUCAGUUACAUUUCAGCUAUCCCUCAGCAAGUCUGGUUGGUUUAAGGCAAACGUAGGACAAACAGGCUUUUAUCGAGUCAACUAUGACGAGGAAAACUGGAAAGGACUGAGUCAGCAACUACUUCACAAUCACACGAUACUAAGUCCAUCAGACAGGAGUGGUUUGAUAGACGAUGCACUGAGUUUAGCGAGAACGGGCGUGCUAGAGUACAAAAUUGCAUUUCAAAUGAUUGAGUAUAUCAACCACGAACUUGAGUAUGUACCAUGGGCAGUCACUCUGCGAUCGAUGGCUUACAUUGGAAACAUGCUGAGCUCAAGAGCUUCCUACAAGCUGUACCAGCAAUUUAUCGUGGAAAAAAUAAAGCAUUUGGGAAUGAUCCUUGGAUGGAAGGAUACGGGAGAACUAAUUGACAAAUCUCUUCGUGAUCUGACCCUCUCUACUCUGUGUUCACACGGUAACACAGAGUGCGUGAACAAGUCCAAAAAGUUGUUCAACGACUGGUCAAAGGUCAAUGGAAGCAAACCCAUUAUGCCACACCUUAGGAAGAUUAUUUACUACACAGCUGUUAAAUACGGUGGCCAAAUUGAGUGGGAAAUUCUAUGGAGAAAAUACAAGGAAUGCAAAAAUGCAGCAGAGAGAGAAAAGAUCAUCUCGGCUUUAGGUGCUACACGGGAUAAAAACGUUUUGAAAAGAUUAUUAAAGAAAGUUUUGAUGAGCGGCACCGAGGUCCGCCCCCAAGACUUCAUUCAAAUUAUUGGGACUGUGGCGAGUAACCCUGAUGGACGACGGCUGGCUUGGAAAUUUUUUGACAAGAACUUCAAAAAAAUAGUUAAAAGGUUUGGUAAUGAAUCAAGAACAGUCGCAUUUCUCUUAGAAAAAACAACAGAAAAUCUCAACACACGAAAAGACCUUAGAAAGGUCAAAGAUUUCUUUGACGAACAUCAGAGAAUGCGCCUAAUUCAAUUAUCCAGUAAGAAAAUUCUAGAGACAAUCGAAACAAACAUUCACUGGAUGUACACUAAAAUCCAGAAGGUGGAAAGGUGGCUCAUGGAUCGACAAAAUAAGAAUUAAAAGAGGAAAAAAGAUCAAAGACUUAUGAUCUUUGUCAUAGAAAAUCUUUAAGGGAGCUCUGAACCAUAGUCCCAGUUUGAAGUUGCUUGCAUUUCAAUGAUGAAAGGAAUGUUACUUGGUGCCACUCACAAGUGCCAAAGUUUAUGUCCAUCUCAAGUGUAAAUAAGAACAAUUGUGAAUUUUUCAGAUUUAAAAAAGCUCACUUUUUAUUGAAUUUUUACUCAUUAAGCAAUUUUGAGUAAGUUUUGGUAAUAAAGCUAUAAAACAAA